CGCCCUUCCUGCCCAUGACGCCCUCCAUGGCGCCCCUCACGCUGCACCUCAGCCACAACUCGGCCUUCAAGCCCAACAUGGCCAUCCUCGGCGGCGGCGACCUGCGGCGGCCGCUUGCGGACGCGGGGCUGCGGCGCUCGCCCUCGCCGCCCGACUUCAAGCCGCUCGCCGCCGACCGCCUGGAGGCCAAGUUCCCGCCCCGCGACCGCAGCCCCGACUUCAAGGCGGCGGUCGAUGAGCGCGCCGCCGCCAAGCCGCCAAUCAUGGAGCGCCUCGAGCUGAAGCCGCCGCCGCCGGAGCUGCGGCAGCCAAUGGGCGACGUGAUGGAGGUGCCGCGGUCGGCCAAUGAGGGCUCGGCAUUCAGCCCCCCUCGGCGGGGGGCGGCGAGCCCCCCGGGCGGCGGCCGCGACGGGGAGUCGCGCAGCCCCGACGCCGCGCACCGCCUGGAGCACUCAGUCUCGGUCCUCUCCCGCGCCUCCGCCGCGCUCUCCGCCGCCAACAACAACAACAGCGACAGCAUCAACAACAACAUCUUCAUCAACAACAACAACAACAGCGCCUUCUUCUCGCCCGGCGCCUUCUUCGUCAAAAAUAAUGAAAAGGGCGGCUCCACAUCCCCUGUCACGGCAACCACGCCCACCUCCUCGCCCUCAAGCAACACCUCCACCCCCACGCCCUCGCCAAGCACCCCGCCCACACCCACAAGCACCGCCCUCACGCCAGGGGCACCUCCAAUCAGCGUGGAUCCAGGGUCGCUCGUGAUCACGCCCGCGGACAGUGUUUACGAGAACGCCGCGAAACUCCUGUUUUUGGGCGUGAAGUGGGCGCGGUCGAUUCCCUCGUUCAUGCAGCUGCCCUUCCGCGACCAGGCCAUCCUGCUGGAGGAGUCCUGGAGCGAGCUCUUCGUCGUCGCCGCCGCCCAGUGGUCGCUGCCGCUCGACGAAGGAAGCCUCGUGCGGGCGUCAGGGGCGUCGCCGGAGCAGCAGGCGGCGCUGGGGCGUGAGGUGGUGGCCAUGAGGGACAUCAUCACCCGCCUUCACGCCCUCAGGGUCGACCACACCGAGUACGCGUGUCUGAAGGCGCUCAUUCUCUUCAGGCCAGAGGCCAGAGGUUUGCGAGAUGGAUACGGGGUGGAGGUGCUGCAGGACCAGACGCAGUUGAUGCUGCAUGAGUACCUGGCCAGCAAGGUGUGCGGCGCAGGUGGGCGUGUCCGCGCAGGCAAGCUCCUCCUCCUCCUGCCCGCCCUCGGCCACGUCUCCGCCUCCGCCGUUCAAGAGAUUUUCUUCAAGAGGACUGUCGGCAACACGCCCAUCGAGAGGGUUCUUUGCGAUAUGUUCAAGUCCAGCUGAGAAUCGGCAAUUUCACGCUGCCAGCUGCGGAGGGCGGUGGAUUCUUGGCGCCAGCUGUUGGAAGGAAGGCUGCUCGGAACCAGCUGAGAGGGGGUGAUUUGGUGCCAGCUGGAGGCGAGAAGGAUGCUCGGAACCAGCUGAGGUGGGCAGUGAAUUCUCGGUGCCAUCUGUUGGAAGCGAGGCUGCUCGGAACCAGCUGAGAUAUGGUGCCAGCUGUUAGCAGGCGGCUUUCAGGUUACAGACGAAAAGGUGAUUUGGUGCCAGCCGUUGGAUCCAGCUGGGAGUCAGCAAUAUGAAGGAAUACGUUUUCUUUACUUUGAACCAGCUAUGACUUGUCUAACUUUUGUGUUCCCGUUUUUCAAUGGAAACCCUGUGAUUUGAUUUCUUCCUUCGUCUUGAUCUUUUAUGAGCAUUUAAGCCAACGGGGUUUUGCUCGAGCGACUUCUGGAAUGAUCGGCCUUGCAAUGAAUGAUUGAAUCAAGCUUAAGUUGCAUGGAGAUUUGCCACCUCGGACGGGCGAUGUCAACAACGUUUUCAACAGGCAAAUCUAUAGUUUAGCAACAUUGCAGGUUUUAUAUUACAUAUAUCUGACGUGGCUUGUCUUCUCAUUUCAUCCAAUCAUCCAGUUGUCUCAAACCUGUAAUUAUUUUGUUAUCUUUUAUUUCUUGUUCUUUAAGAACUUGAUGACAAGUAUAACAGAAUAGCGCGAUGACGUCAAUUCCUGUGUUUUUUCCAAAGAAAUCUUGAAUUCAAAUGAACUCAGAAGGGAACGGCACAAAGCCUAUGCUGGUGUGUAUCGGGUAAUCUGAUUGGCUGACAUAAUGAAAGCUGACCUCUCAUUGGUUCCUAUGACCUGUAUGAUGACUAGUCAUUUUUUUUUUUUUUUUCCACGUUGCUGAUGAGCCGAAAUGUGUCAAAUCCAGUUCAAAUUUUGACCGUUUAUUUUUUGUUUUUUUUUUUUUACUUUUUUUGCUUUCCGAAAGCUCUAUCCAAGCUUGGAUGAGAUUAUACCAAAGAAAUGCACCGAAUUUAUCCAAAUUUAUAGAGUUCAACUAAUUGUAAUUACUCUUUUAUUCCAAUAAGAAAAAAUACAAAAAGAAAAAAAAAAAUAUCUUUAGUAUGUGCGUGUGUAUUUUUGUGAAUAUGAGCGUAUGCGCAUUGUGUAAUUGUU